AUGGAUGUUUUUUGUUUGUUGGAGACUAGAGUAAAAGCUGAAAAGUCUAUAAAUAUACUAGGAAGAAAAUUUGAUAACUGGAAUGUUUGCAUCAACUAUGAUUUUGCCAUUAAUGAUAUGAUUUGGAUCUUAUGGAGGAAAGGCAUUGAGUUUUCUGUUUGUCAUGUAUUUGAGCAAAAUAUUACUAUUAAAAGUCUUCAUCUUGGAAAUCCCAUUGUCAUUAUUAUUGUGUAUGGCAGCAAUGAUGACAGAGUUAGAAAAUUUCUUUGGCAGCAACUCCAUGAUUUGGAUAGAACUUAUGGUCAACUCCCUUGGAUUCUUGGAGGAGACUUUAAUAGCAACAAACAACAAAAUUCCUACCUUGUUAAGAAGCUUGAUAGAGUGCUUGUUAACCAAAACUGGGUGAAUUCCUUUUCUUCUUCCCAUGUAGAGUUUAUGGCUCCCUGCACUUCUGACCACUAUCUUGAUCUUCUCUGGCUCUACAAAAAGACUCAACACCCAAAUUUCUUAAAUGUUGUUAAUCAAUCUUGGCAAUGUCCUUCAGUGGGUAAUCCAAUGCAAAUCCUUUUUACAAAGUUGAAGCGCUUGAAAGCUCACCUUAAGGACCUUAAUCAUACCUUCUACAGUGAUCUUUCUCACCGGGUAAACCAGAAGAGAAUUGAAUUAGAGCAGAAUCAACUUAAGACACUUAGAGGGGAGGCUGUUAUUGAGGAGGAUCUUUAUUUGCAAAGAGAAUUAAAGACCCUGGAAGAUGCUGAAGCUAUGUUUUUAAAGCAAAAAGCCAAGACUCUUGAUCCGCAUCUUCUACAAGAUCUUCUUCAACCUUCCUUGCCUACUAAUUCCACUACUGACCUUAUUAAGGAUGUUUUAAGGGAUGAAAUUAAAGAAGCUUUCUUUAUCCAAGGGAAUGAUAAAGCCCCUGGACCUGAUGGGUUCACUCCUCUUUUCUUCAAAAAGUCCUGGCCUAUUAUUGGCAGAAAUAUUGUUAACAAUACUCUUCUGGCUCAAGAAUUAGUUAGAGGUUACAUUAGAAAAUCUAUAUCCCCCAGAUGCUCUUUGAAAAUUGAUCUUCAUAAAGCCUUUGAUUCUUUAAAUUGGGGUUUUAUCACUGCUAUUUUAAAGGCUCUAGGUCUUUCUACUACUUUUAUUACUUGGAUUGAAAUCUGUUUUUCAACUGCCAAAUACUCUAUUUCCUUCAAUGGGAGCUUGAUUGGUUAUUUCAAAGGUGCAAGAGGUGUUAGGCAAAGAGACCCACUCUCCCCUUUCCUAUUUUUCCUCUCAAUGAAUGUUCUUUCAAUACUUCUCAACUUGGCUGCUGCUAAAGGUACAUUUGGAUACCAUCCAAAAUGCAAAAGAAUUUCCCUUACACAUCUCUCUUUUGCUGAUGACCUUUUAAUUUUCGGCAAAGACUCUGUGAAUUUUGUAAUUGGUGUUACUACUGUCCUGGACUUAUUUUAUGAAAUGUCUGGUCUGAGACUAAAUGCUUCUAAAUGUGAAUUGUUUGCUGCUGGUGUUCCCUUUAUUGAUCUUGAGGAAAUUAAGUUGAUUACAGGUUUUAAACUUAGCAGUCUCCCUGUUUGA